GGACCGCGGCGGCGCAGGUGAGGUGCGGGUGCGGCUCUGGCUCUGCGCGCUAGGCCGGGCGGCUCCUGGCUGGAAGCGUUUCCCCCGCGCCAGUACCUGAAGAGGGACGGCCGGGCUCCCGAGCGACGCCUCCCAGCGUGGCUGUCCCGCAGCGGCGAUGCGGGGCUGCUGAGAGAGGCUCGCACCGAGCCUGAAGAAGUCCCCAAGGAGACUUCGCCGUAGGAGUUCACAGGAAAUAUUGAAAUGUCAGGUUCCACGCCAUUUCAGAUGAGAUUAGUUCAUUUAGACCUUAAAGGAGCUCCACCAAAGGUCUCGUACCUCUCAGAGAUUUUUCCUCUGUUCCGUGCACUAGGUGCAAACGGCCUCCUCAUUGAGUAUGAAGACAUGUUUCCCUACGAGGGCCCUCUGAGGCUGCUGAGGGCCAAGUACGCCUACAGCCCCUCUGAAAUCAAAGAGAUCUUGCAUCUGGCUGGACUCAAUGAGCUGGAGGUGAUUCCCUUGGUGCAGACAUUUGGACACAUGGAGUUUGUGCUGAAGCACACGGCCUUCGCCCACCUGCGGGAGGUGGGCUCCUUCCCCUGCACCCUGAACCCCCACGAGGCAGAGUCCCUGGCGCUGGUGGGCGCCAUGAUUGACCAGGUCCUGGAGCUACACCCAGGCGCCCAGCGGCUGCACGUCGGGUGUGAUGAGGUCUAUUACCUCGGAGAGGGGGAGGCCUCGCGCCGGUGGCUACAGCAAGAGCAGAACAGCACGGGGAAGUUGUGCCUGUCACACAUGCGGGCGGUGGCCAGCCGCGUGAAGGCCCGGCGCCCCAGCGUGACACCCCUGGUGUGGGACGACAUGCUCCCAGACCUGCCUGAGGACCAGCUCGCAGCGUCCGGGGUGCCGCAGCUGGUGGAGCCGGUGCUCUGGGACUACACGGCCGACCUGGAUGUGCACGGCAAGGUCCUCCUCAUGCAGAAGUACCGGCGGUGCGGCUUUCCGCGGCUGUGGGCAGCCAGUGCCUUCAAGGGUGCCACGGGGCCCAGCCAGGCCGUGCCCCCUGUUGAGCACCACCUCAGGAACCAUGUGCAGUGGCUGCAGGUGGCGGGCAGCGGGCCCACGGACUCACUGCAGGGCAUCAUCCUGACCGGCUGGCAGAGGUACGACCACUACUCUGUGCUGUGCGAGCUGCUGCCCGCAGGAGUCCCGUCCCUGGCCGCCUGCCUGCAGUUGCUUCUACGCGGAGGAUUUGAUGAAGAUGUCAAAGCGAAAGUGGAGAACCUUCUCGGGAUUUCCAGCCUGGAAAUAACGGACCCUGUUAGGGAGGGGGCCGGCUCUUUCCCUGGCAGCAACAUCCUUGCCCUUGUCACACAAGUCAGCCUCCAUCUGCGCAGCUCUGUGGACGCGCUGCUGGAGGGCAACAGCCGCCCCACGGCUGCCUUGGUAGCCCCCGGCACACCCCUAUGUGGAUUUGCCCCAGGUAUGUCACUGGCUGGUUCAGCCCCUACCACCGCCAGCGGAAGCUCAUCCACCCGGUCAUGGUUCAGCACAUCCAGCCCGCAGCGCUCAGCCUCCUGGCGCAGUGGAGCACCCUCGUGCAGGAGCUGGAGGCUGCCCUGCAGCUGGCUUUCUACCCGGAUGCCGUGGAGGAGUGGCUGGAGGAAAACGUGCACCCCAGCCUGCAGCGGCUGCAAGCUCUGCUGCAGGACCUCAGCGAGGUGUCUGCCCCCCCGCUGCCACCCACCAGCCCUGGCAGGGACGUUGCUCAGGACCCCUGAGGGGAGAGCUCAUGCCAGGGGGCUCCUGCUGGAGGCUGGGGGGGGCUCUGCGCUGCCAAAUGGCCCGGGCAAUAGGGGCCCACGUGGGCGUCGUGCCCUCUGGCCCGGCAGUGUCUUGCCCACACUCAGUUCCUGAGGCCCCUGGGCAGCCCCUGGGGGAGAGACUAGAAAACACAGAAGGAAGCAGCACAGGGAGACCCGCUUUGUGAUCUGCAUGUGUGACACUGAUUCUUUGGAAAUAAAGAGUGGAAGCUGCGGGUGA